AUGAUGGAGGAUUUCGAUAAUAGAGUUAAGGCCUAUAAAAUUGUUUCCUAUGCCGCUGUUAUAUUUUCGACUAUUGCCGUUCUAUCCAUAUGUGUUACGUUACCUAUGGUUUAUACGUAUGUAAGUCAGAUUAAACGACAAAUGUCAAAUGAAAUCGUUUAUUGUAAGAAUUCAGCAAGAGAUAUAUGGAAUGAGGUCGGUAAUCUGAAACAAACACCAACACAAAAAAAUAGAACAGCUCGACAAGCUGGUUAUGAUGCCGAAGUGAGCGUUGAAAUACAAGGACCGCAAAGAGGAGCUGGUUGUGAAAGUUGCUGUUUGCCAGGACCGCCGGGACCUCAAGGCAUUAGAGGAACGCCAGGCAGACCCGGAAGGCCAGGAAAGCCAGGCCUUCCAGGCAACCCAGGUCGACCACCGCAGCAGCCAUGCGAGCCAAUCACUCCACCGCCAUGCAAACCUUGCCCACAAGGACCACCUGGCCCACCUGGACCACCAGGAUUGCCAGGUGACGCCGGACCAAAUGGUAUUCCAGGGAAUGGAGGCGGAGAUGGCCUACCCGGACCUCCAGGACCAAAAGGACCACCAGGACCACCAGGCUUGUCAGGAACGCCAGGGGCGCAAGGGCCUCCCGGAAGAGAUGCCGUUAGCACAGUAUUCCCAGGAGAACCUGGACCACCAGGAGAUCAAGGAGCGCCAGGCACACCGGGCGCACCAGGCCUUCCUGGACCAGAUGGUCCACCAGGACCACCAGGACCAAAAGGUCCGCCAGGAUCACCGGGGCUACCCGGAUUACACGGCCAACCUGGUACACAAGGCGAACCUGGUAUACCAGGUGUAGCAGGCGAACGAGGCAUCUGCCCAAAAUAUUGUGCCAUUGAUGGUGGUGUAUUCUUUGAAGAUGGUACUCGACGAUAA